AUGAUGCACUCCCUCUUCCUAACGACCACCUUCGCUCUCCUUCCCCUCACAACCCUCGCCCAACCCACCGGCACCCUCUCCAUCCUCACCAUGAACGUCGCCGGCCUCCCAGCAAUCCUCAACAACAACGACGUCCCGGGAGACAAAGCCGACAACGCCAACCAAAUCGGCACCUACUUCGCCACCUACGGCUACGACAUCAUCAACGUGCAAGAAGACUUCAACUACCACGCCUACAUCUACGAAACCGACAAUCACACCUACCGCACGGCCACCUCCGGCGGCGUCCCCUUCGGCUCCGGCCUCAACACCCUAGCCAACUACCCCUGGGAUGAAUCCACCUUCUCGCGAACCAAAUGGAACACCUGCAACCUCAACUCGGGAGACUGCCUCACCCCCAAAGGAUUCACAUACAUGCGCAUGACCAUCGCCGAGACGUUCACCGUCGACGUCUACAACCUGCACACGGACGCCGGCGACGAUAGCGGCGACAUCACCGCGCGCGCCUCGAACCUCCAGCAGGUCGCCGACUACAUCUCCGCGAAUUCGGAGGGCCAGCCCGUCCUCGUCUUCGGCGACACGAAUAGUCGCUACACGCGCACGGGGGAUGGGAUCCGCAUCUUCAGCACGCAGAACAGUCUCGCAGACGCCUGGGUCGAGCUCGAAAUGGGCGGCGUGGAGCCGACGGAAGGAAGCGACGCAUUAGUCUGCGAGAACCCUUCUCCGAUCGAGACGUGCGAGAUCGUGGAUAAAGUGCUGUACCGUUCGGGUCAUGACGUUGGUUUGACAGCCGUGAGCUUCGAGUAUGCCGGCGACAAGUUCCUGCAGAGUAAUGGGAGUGUGUUGAGUGAUCACGACCCGGUGUUGGUGCAGUUUGAGUGGACUGUAUCAGCGUAG